GCAAGCAACCUAGGCUUGGGAGCAGUGCUUCUGCAGGAGCAAGACGGAAAAAAGAGGGUGAUCUCUUAUGCUAGCAGAAGAUUGCGGAAUGCUGAGAGGAAUGACAAAAAUUAUAGCAGCAUGAAAUUGGAACUGCUGGGUCUCAAGUGGGCGGUAACUGAAAAAUUUAGGGGUUACUUGCUAGGUUCUAAAUUUACCAUCAUCACAGAUAAUAACCCCCUCUGCCAUUUAAACACCGCCAAGCUAGGAGCCCUGGAACAUAGAUGGGUAGCACAGUUAGCAGCAUUCGAUUUCGAUGUCCAAUACCGACCGGGUCGAUGUAAUCAUGCUGCUGAUGCAUUGUCUAGGCAGCCGUUAGCAGGGGAGCCCGUGGUAGAUGGAGAAGACAUUGAAUAUGAUGACUGUGUAACUAUCUGUGGCAUGAUGCGACAUGGGACUACUUUGGACGCUGACUUGAUUCGAGCUGGAUUAGAGAGGUGUGAGGUCCGGCAGAUGCGUGCCAUAGAGACUGGUGGGCUGGCCAGUGCUGAAAUGCAGGGGAGCACUCCUGUUUGGCCCGGCUAUACUAAAGAGCAGUUGGUUGCUUUCCAGAGUCAAGAUCCGGUCCUGAAGGAAUUCAGGGUCUUUUGGGACCAGAAACGUAAACCUGCAGGCUUGGAGUUAAGGAACCUCUCAAAAUGUGUACGUUCUUUGAUGAAGCAGUGGGCUCGACUAAGAGAAAAGGAAGGAUUGUUAUAUCGGGCAGUGGAAGAUGAGCGUCAUGGAGAGUAUAUGCAACUGUUGGUCCCUGACUGCUUAAAAACCCAGGUGCUUGAUAGUGUGCAUGCUGGAAUGGGGCAUCAGGGGAUUGAAAGGACGCUGCAACUGCUGAAGCCUAGAUGUUACUGGGUUGGGAUGUAUGGAGAUGUCGAACAAUGGAUUAAGAGUUGCCAACGCUGUGUGCUCACAAAAAUGCCUCAGCCUAAAGUGCACCCACCCAUGAGAUCGUUCCUUGCUAGGCGACCCCUAGAGGUGGUAGCAGUAGAUUUUACUCUGCUCGAGCCAGCUACUGAUGGAAGGGAAAAUGUCUUGGUGAUCACGGACGUGUUCACCAAAUUCACGCAGGCUUUUGCAACCAGGGACCAAAAGGCUGAUACCACUGCUAAAGUUCUCCUGAGGGAGUGGUUUAUGAGGUAUGGAGUUCCUGAGCGCCUACAUUCGGACCAGGGGAGAAAUUUCGAAAGCGAGUUGAUUGCAGAGUUAUGCAAGCUUUAUGGGGUCAAGAAAAGCCGCACCACUCCCCAUCAUCCAACUGGAAACGCCCAGUGCGAGCGUUUUAACCGCACUCUUCAUGAGCUCCUUCGAACACUUCCUCCUGAGACCAAAAAACGGUGGCCUGAACAUCUAGCAGAGCUUGUCUAUGCGUACAAUGUUACCCCUCAUUCAACAACAGGGUAUUCCCCAUUCUAUUUGUUGUUUGGAGUGGACCCUCAUUUGCCAGUAGAUGCAUUGGUGGGGCAGGAAUCUAGGGCUAAGCCCACACAUGACUGGUUGGCCGUGCAUCAGAGACGGCUAAAAGAGGCCCAUGAGCGUGCCAGGGCUUUUGCUGAAAAGAAAGCAGCAGAGCGAAUUGAGCUUGCUCAGGAUAAAGUAUAUUGUCCAUCCAUCGAAGUUGGCCAGAUCGUAUACCUGAGAAAUCGACCCCUGGGACGUAAUAAAAUCCAGGAUGCCUGGCAUUCAACUCCAUAUCGGGUCAUAGAGAUUCAGGGGACUACUCAUACAGUGGAACCUGUGGAAGGAGGUCCCAUCAAGAGAGUAAAUCGGGUAGAUCUCAGACCCUGUGCACAAGUCCCUGUUCCUGUGACUCAUAAGAGGAGAGUUGAGCCUAAUGUAGAGAGGGAUGACAUGUCAAUGAGAGAUGCUGAAAGUGAGGGUUCAGAAGAAGGGGUUGUGCUUGUGGAAUGUAGUGGCCCAAGUAGGGUUGAAAGUCUCACCAGAGCUGAAACUCAGACUGAACAGGAGAGGAGAACUACAGAGGUGUCUCCUUGUCACCCUGAGGCUCCAGCUGGAAUCGAAUUUGGGGAAGAUUUUCAAGAGCAAGGUGGGGUCCCUGUUUUGCCCACACCUCGGAGAAGUACCAGAUCUAAUGUGGGUCAACAUUCAAAUCCACAUCAUGAGCCUAGAUCUGCCCUUAGUCACAAUGCCGUCUCUCAGAUUAUAGCUAAUUUGGGGACUGUGUUUUUCAGAGAAGCAGUUAAAGAGCUGAGAAACUCGUAUACUGUCACCGGGGACGUUGACAGGUCAGCAGGGGAGAAUGUAACCGGGUGGUUUUAGAGGGAAAAUAACCCCCCUUUAAGUUUUGUAAAAAAAGGUGUACUACCCCUUUAAGAAAACGGCAGCUGGCGAUGACGCGAUUAGCGUCUGAUACAGAACCAGCAGGCUUGCGCAGUGCAUGAGACACGGGCUCGGUAGAUCUGAAUCAUCUAAGGUUAAAUCCAUUAUCUAUGUGAGUAAUUUGGGUGCUAUUAAUCUGAUCUGAUGUAAAAGAUUGUGUUUAUUUCAUCCUUGAUGUGUAACAUGUAUAUUUUAUGGUUAGGGCAUAGGAUGAUCAGAGAUUGUGUAUUGCAACACGUGAUGAGUUCCGGAUCUGUUAUAAAAGAUACGGAUUCGGGUGCCACUACCGUGUUUGUGUGAUUUAUAUAGUGUAUUGUUUCACCCCAAAAAGUGUGCCCUAACAUUUGUAAUAAUUGAGAGGAUUUAAACAAAUUUAUAAUUUGUUUGGAUGGUUUAUUUUGGUUCUUUUUGAUAUCCUUGUGAACUUUUUGUUUGGUGUUUAUAUACAGUUAUAGCGCCCCCAUUGGGUGAAAUGGAGUAGUGAUACUUGGAUGUCAGUUUGUUCAUAUUGAAUUGUCAUCUGUUAUUGGUGAAAUCCUUCAUUUCCAUUUUUGAUCACAACUGAGAAAAUAACCUAUACAAAUUCAUUUAGUUAAAAACCUAUAAAUAAAUAUAAGCAACUAUAAAACGUGAUUCAGUGUAAAUUCAUUUAUUUUGUUAAA